AUGUCGCGAUCACAGACUGUAGACGCCGAGGAGGAAGUGUCCGACACAAUGCAAGAACCGGACCUCGUUAAACUCCAGCGACAAAUGAGAGUUUUGGAGAACAACCGAAGAUCCUACAUGGAUCAGGUGAAAGGCAUCCUUCGGAAACAAGAAACUGAGUACGAAGUGUUGAAGCGAGAUAACGAUGAAAUCCAACUCCUCCUUCAUUUGAUGAAAACUCAGAAGCAGGAACAAAUGAACGCGAAGGAUUCUCGACGCUUUUUCCAGUUAGUCGAAAUGUACGACGACACCAAGCAAAAGAUCGAAGAAAAUAAAGAAGCCAUCACCCGAUUGGAUGAUGAAAUUAAUGCCAUGCAAAGAGCUUACGACGAACAACAGCAAAUGAUUGGCUUGGUUUUCAGGUGCAACAAAAAGCCAGAAUCAGAGAAACGAAUCCGAGCCAUGGAAAACCGCUUAGAAAAAAUGACCACUCAGUUUAACAAACAACUGACGCACAACUCCAAGCUAAGAUUACAGAUCGAUGAUGUCAGACAAGAACGAAAAACUUAUGACAAAAUUUAUAGACGACUUGUUCAGGAAUUGGAAAAUGAACGCUCUCAAAUUAACAACUUGUUGCAGGACGCUACACAUUCUUACGAUGAAAGGGAGGAAGCUCGUCAGAAAAUUGUCAGUUUGCAAGAACGCAAUAUAAAAGAUUCUUCCCAGCACGAAAUCGAAGUUCGGAAAUACGACCGAAGUCUUCAACACGACAAAAGUUUGGAUUCUUUCAUGGCACUAAAAAGUAAAGACCACGGCGCAACAAAACAAGAAAGAGUUCGAUCCAUGAAGAAAGUCGAUCCUCCACUUUUGAUCACGAAAGGUCGACCCUAG